AUGCUUUCUGCGUCCAGAGUCGGUCUUGGUGUCUCCAGACACACAUUUAUUCGUCAGAGCCCUGUUUUAGUUGCAUCCAGAGGCUUCUUCAAGACAAUUCCACAACCUCCAGGAAACAUUGUUGGUACAGUUAACGACGCAUAUGUUCCACCACCACCAAAUAAGAUGCACGGUUCACUCCACUGGACUUUUGAAAGAGUCGUCACUAUUGGUAUGGCACCAUUGAUUGUAGCACCUUUGGUCACUGGCCAUUCUCCAUUGGACGGUGCAAUGGCUGGUCUCUUGCUUUACCAUUGUUAUGCCGGUUUCCAAUCUUGUAUCAUUGACUAUAUUCCAAAGAGAGUCUAUGGCGGCAUGCAUACUGCAGCAAUGGCUCUGUUGACAUUUGGUACCUUUGUUGCUGGUUAUGGUAUCUACAAGAUUGAGACCGAGGAAAAGGACGGAGUUUAUGGUCUCCUAAAGAAGUUAUGGAAGGCAUAA